AGCCUAAGAGAUCAAUCACGUACCUUCAUUUUUUCCAAGUUGAUCGAUGGAUUCUCAAAUGGCUGCUUCUACAGACGCUGCACAAAUCGUGUUGAAGGUACCUUUUGUUAUUGGUGUUGCUGGAGGGACUGCAUCUGGCAAAACAACUGUUUGCAAUAUGAUUAUUUCACAGCUUCAGAAUCAACGAGUCGUACUAAUCAGUCAAGAAGCAUUUUAUCAUCCAUUAACUGCAGAACAGUUAGAGAAAGUUUAUGAACACAACUUUGAUCAUCCUGAUGCCUUUAAUACAGAGCUUCUGCUUUCGUGUAUGGAAGAAUUAAAACAUGGACGAAGAAUUAACAUUCCUAAUUAUGAUUUCAAGCUCCAUAGGAGCGUGGAACCAGCUCGUGUGGUCAAUCCCUCAGAUGUCAUCAUUUUAGAUGGAAUUCUUAUUCUGCAUGAUCCUCGUAUACGUGAUCUCAUGAAUAUGAAAAUCUUUGUUGAUUCAGACUCUGAUGUACGUCUGGCCAGGAGGAUACGACGAGAUACUGUUGAGAGGAACAGAAACAUUCUGAAUGUGCUAGAUCAGUAUUCCAAACAUGUUAAACCUGGUUUUGAGGACUUCAUUCGUCCAACUAAGAAAUAUGCUGAUGUAAUAAUUCCUCGAGGAGCAGAUAAUGAUGUUGCAAUCGAUUUGAUAGUUCAACACAUUCGUACAAAGCUUGGACAACAUGAUCUUUGCAAAAUAUACUCAAAUGUAUUUGUUAUACAGUCUACAUUUCAGAUACGUGGGAUGCAUACACUUGUGCGAAAUGCAAAAACAACCAAGCAUGACUUUGUUUUUUAUGCAGAUCGCCUUAUUCGCUUGGUUGUGGAGCAUGGUCUUGGUCACCUUCCCUUUACUGAGAAGCAGAUAAUCACUCCUACAGGAUCUGUUUAUAGUGGAGUCGUUUUCUGUAAACGUUUGUGUGGAGUCUCGAUCAUUAGAAGUGGAGAAAGCAUGGAAAAUGCAUUGAGAGCUUGCUGCAAGGGAAUCAAAAUCGGAAAAAUUCUAAUCCACGGGGAGGGUAAAAGUGGAAGGCAGUUGAUCUAUGAGAAGCUACCAUCAGAUAUUGCAAGUCGACACGUAUUGCUGCUUGAUCCAGUACUUGCUUCAGGGAAUUCCGCGGUGAAAGCUAUAUCUGUGCUUCUUAGUAAAGGUGUACCAGAAUCCAACAUUGUUUUCUUAAACCUUAUAUCAGCCCCUGAGGGACUACAUACUGUAUGCAACAACUAUCCGCGAUUGAAGAUUGUAACAUCAGAGAUUGAUACAACACUUAACAAGGACUUACAUGUGAUUCCUGGUAUGGGAGAAUUUGGAGAUCGUUAUUUUGGUACUGGUAGUCGAGUUACUUCUUCCUAGCAUCAACCAUGUAAGCUUGGAGAGGACGUAGACAUAUAUAUACUCUGUCCCUCUUUUAUCUGGGAUAGAAAUCUAGUGCUCAUAUAAUCAAUCCAUAGACUGUUUUUGUAACAUUUUCCUGAAAACAUUAUCUUAGCCAUAAAGAAUUCGCGCUUUGUUCCCCCUUUUGUUCUAAUUAGAAAGAGCCAUGUCUUACUCUUUCAAGGGAAUGAAAGACAAGUAAAA